AUGACGGCAGCUACCUGCAACACUCCUCUCCGGGACAGAUAAAGAAAUCAGAAGAAAGUAACGGUAAACGAAACGCCCAUUAUAGCUUCAUUAUCGUUUCAAGGUCUCCUCCCUUCCCUCCAAACAAAACGUUUUUUAUUACUCCUGAACGACUCCCUGCCGUUCAUUUUUUGUUUGUUUCCUUUAAAACCCCCUGCCAAAUGCGCACCUAGCGAAGCUAUUUAAACGCAGCGCCACCUUUGUGUCCUUGUCAGAGUCACGCAGUUCAUGUUUAAACAGAAGACGCGCAGUCGGCUGUCGGUCAACGAAGCCUCCACAAUGCGAUCUUGUGAGUGGCUUACUAACUGCGUACGAGGGGCUUUGUUUCUCGCCAUAUGCUCCAUCGUAUGCGUCGUCAGCGACCCUUUGUGCCAAGAGACAACGCCGUUCCACUACGACCAGCCACAGCUGACCUGCUCGGACUUCACCAGCGCUGACGAACUAGAGAGCAACGUGCCUGAUAGGCUGACCAAUGGCAAGCUAGAACUUGUCCUCAAGGACAGUCAGCUUGCGUACAUACCGCAGUCUGUCUUCCAAAAAGUUAAACCGUCAACGCUCGUUCUGAGCAAUGUGACAGUGCGAAGCUACCGGACGCCCGAUUCCGACACCUCUGUGUUUGCGGAGCUUCGAGACACACUGGAGAAGCUGGUCUUCCACAAGAACAGCAGUCUGCCGGACUCGUGGAGCUUGCUCAAGGACAACCGACUGCUCAGCGAGCUGCUACUCUUCAGGAUGGCCUCGCUUCGACUGGGCCAGGACUUCAGCGAAUUGCCGCCCAGUGUCAGGGACGUGGCCGUGGUCCAAAGCACGAUCUCCGGUGUGGACGCCCGCUGGCUGUCUUCCUUGGACAACCUAGAGAGCCUCCGCAUCGACAAGGUCGAUUUGGAGAAGUUCGAAAGAACAAUGCUUCCGAGACCCGCUUCCAAGCUGAAGUACCUCACGAUAACUGGUACAGACUUGUCGGCGCUACCCGAAGACUUCGGACAGGACCUGCCAUCUCUGGAGAAGCUCAACCUGAGAAGGAACAAGUUCGCCACUAUUCAAGAGGCCGCGUUAGCUCCUUUCAAGAGUCGCACAGUCGUCGUCCAACUCGAGGGGAAUCCCCUGGAGUGCGACUGCAGUAUUCUCUUCCUGCUCGGCUACCCGGACAGCUGGCAGUACCCCAACUGCGAGAGGCCAGCAACGCUGGCCAAGACGCCACUUCGCCAACUCACGCCGUCCAGCCUGGGUUGCACUGCCGCCUCGCCCGUCGUGAAGAAUGAGCAAAUAAAAACACGCGCGCGUGCGCGAGCACGUCUGCGUUUUGUCUGCCGUUUUUCCAACAUGCAAAGCAAGUCAGUUACGACGGCAAUAUCAUCUUAA